ACACUAGGCAUGUUUUAGUGGUAAAGUGGGGUUGGAUGCGUGAAUACGUGUCUUAUUUUCCUUUUUUCUGUUAUCAAUAUUUUGAAAGCGUAAUUCUAUUAUCAGGAGGAGGAACCUCCUGCUUUGUUAUUUCAUACUUCAAGUCGAACAAGGCAAAUACGAUGUAUUUUGGCGGAGUGGAGGGCGGUGCAACUCACUCCAAUCUUGUGAUAUGCGACGAGAAGGGCCAUGUGUUGGGCACAGCUCAAGGGCCAGAGACCAACCACUGGAUGGUGGGCAUGGACGGAUGCGCCGAGCGAGUGUUGGCGAUGCUUCACGAGGCUAAGAACAAAGCUGGCAUACCGAUAGACACACCAUUAGAUGCUUUGGGUCUUGCGCUCUCGGGAUGUGAGCAAGAGAGUAGCAAUAAAGAGCUAGCUGCGCGUGUUAUAGAAAAGGAUGCAAACUCAGCCCGCGCUGUAAUUGUACAGUCAGAUACGGCUGGAUCGCUGGCCACUGCUGCACCUAAUGGUGGUAUGGUGCUCAUUGCUGGGACCGGAUCAAACUGUUUUAUUCGCACGCCAAGUGGUAAACAACACGGCUGUGGCGGUUGGGGAUAUUUACUGGGCGACGAAGGUGGAGCUUACUGGAUAGCACAUAGAGCGAUCAAGGCCAUAUUUGAUGACAUGGAUGGAAUGCACAAAUGCGCUCACCCGACUGAGAAAGUAUGGAAAAAAGUUAAAGAAUAUUUUGCGGCGGAAAACCAAGCUGAUUUGCUGCCACAUGUAUACAAACACUUUGAUAAGUCCUUUUUUUCAGGUUUCACGCUAAAGCUGUCGGAACUAGCGAACGAAGGCGACAGUCUAUCGCGGCACAUAUUCGCCGAAGCGGGCGGCGCGCUUGCCGCUCACGCCGCGGCGCUCAUACAGAAGUGCGACAUGGAUCGACUGCGCGUGGUCUGUGUCGGCUCGGUGUGGAAGAGCUGGGAGCACCUGAAGCCUGGCUGGCUGAGUGAGCUGGCUGCAAGAGGGGUAAAAGCGGAGCUAGAGCUGGUUCGGCUACGAGUAUCCAGCGCUCUCGGCGCCGCGUGGCUGGCGGCCAAGGAGGUCAACUACGAGCUGCCUCACGACGACUCCGCGUACUGCGACAUAUUCUACACAUAUCAUCCGGAGGAGAACAGUCUACGCAACGGAGAUCACAAACCACACAAUGGCGUAGCCAAUGGUGCCGGAGAGGGAAUCAAAAAUGGUACCACGGGGGUUAUAGGUUAUGUUAGUUUACGAGAAAGAGUGUCGGCCGCGACAGCCACGGUUGAUAGUCUCAAGGGAAGACGGCAGAAGUACAACUUUAUAGCCGACGUGGUGGCGGUGUCGGCGCCGGCCGUGGUGUUUAUAGAGAUCAAAGACUCGAGGAGGUUGGAUCUGUUUACAGGACAGCCAGUGACACUGUCUAAUGGCUCAGGGUUCAUAGUGAAGGAGGAUGGGUUGAUACUGACCAACGCCCACGUCGUGGUGAACAAGCCGCACUCGAUAGUCCACGUCAAGUUGAUGGAUGGCAGCAUCCACCAGGGCUUUGUGGAGGAUGUGGACAUGCGGUCGGACCUGGCCACGCUGCGCAUCCCCGUCACCGGGCUGCCCGUCAUGAAGCUUGGCACCUCCUCCGAUAUCAGAUCUGGAGAGUGGGUGGUGGCCAUGGGCAGUCCACUGUCGCUCAGCAACACGGUGACCGCCGGGGUGGUGAGCACCACGCAACGAGGCAGCAGGGAGCUUGGCCUGACAGGUAAAGACAUGGUGUACAUCCAGACGGACGCGCCCAUCACGUUCGGCAACAGCGGCGGCCCGCUCGUGAACUUGGACGGGGAGGCCAUCGGCAUCAACAGCAUGAAGCUCGACUCGGGCAUCUCCUUCGCCAUACCGAUUGACUAUGUCAAGGAGUUUCUGGAGAAACGUAAGACGAAGCCACCAGAAGUGUCGAAGCGCUACCUCGGCAUCACCAUGCUGUCGCUGACGCCCACCAUCCUCAUGGAGCUGCGGAUGCGGAACCCGGAGUUGCCCACAGACAUUCAACACGGCAUCCUGGUGUGGAAAGUCAUCGUCGGCUCACCGGCUUACAACGGCGGUCUCCAGCCGGGUGACAUCGUGAUCAGCAUCAACGGUCAGCCGGCGCGCUCCGCCACCGACAUAUAUGCAGUGCUAGAGAAAACUGCGGGUAGUUUGAAGUUAGAGAUACUGCGGGGCCGAGUUAGGACCACUCUGGUUAUCACCCCUGAAGUGCACACUUAGAUGUUGUUCAAUUGUAUAGUGGCGUUACGACCAUGUUCCAAUACCCAAUAGCUAGAUUAAGUUAAAAAAUGCAGUUUCUGGCGGAUUAGUUUCCAUAUUCUAGGUUCUGGGUAUUGGGAGAUUGGGAGGUAGGUUCUAAAAAUUGUAAUUAGCUUGAAUACGGCGUGGCAGUUUUGGGAAAAAAGUAUUUCAAAAUGAAGUUUAGACCUUAACGUGGACUGUAACACUCA